GUGCCUUUCCCAUUGUUUUCACUAACUUCCGUCAUUGUUGUUGCGGCUUUGACUGCGACAUUGAAGCUGCUGUCACGUCUGCGCAGUUAGCUGUAAUAUUUAAAUACAUACUAUCUUGACUCAACAUUUUGCUGUGAUUUAUUAUAGUAUUCAGAUAUUACAUUCUUCUGCUAUGCAGCUUUGCUUGUCAAAUCGUUAAGAGAACGUACCUAACCUACAGAUAUAUAUGUGAUCACUGAUCGAUUUAUCGGCUAGUAUGGCCAAAACUAAAUUCGGAUUUCAUACCAUAUGCAUAGUUAAAACAGCAUAAUUUUAAGAGCAUAUCAUAUGAAUAUCAAAAAUUUUAAGUAUAGUAAAGUAAUUGUUUAAAUUUUAAUUGUUUAGAGAUUUUGAUUGAGGAUAAUAUAUAGAAAACACAAUCAGAAUACUCCAACAACAAAAUUCAAAGCCCUUCUGUGAAAAAAAUUUUAAAUUGAUAACUAUAGAAUAACACAUGCAGGAAGAUGUUCAUAGCUCUGUUAAGUUUGAUUAUAGCAAAAUGUGUGUUAUUAGUCGAUGGCCUACCUCAAAGGUUAGAAAAAAAAGACAUACUGAAAUUGCGAGAAGAGACAAGAGCAAUGUUUGAUCAUGCCUACUCUAGUUAUUUAAAAUAUGCCUAUCCUUACGAUGAACUACGUUCAUUGAGCUGUGAUGGAUUUGAUACAUGGGGAAGUUUUUCAUUGACCCUUAUAGAUGCUUUAGACACAUUAGCUGUAAUGGGUAAUUUUACAGAGUUUCGCAGAGUAGCAGAAAUUAUAGCAUCAAGAUCUGACUUUGAAGCUAAUAUCAAUGUGUCUGUAUUUGAAACUAAUAUCAGAGUGGUUGGUGGUUUACUUAGUGCACAUUUACUUUCAAAAAAAGCUGGUAUGCAAUUAGAACCAGGGUGGCCAUGUAAUGGGCCACUAUUACGAUUGGCUGAGGAUAUGGCAAAAAGAUUGAUUGUUGCCUUUGAUACUCCAACUGGAAUGCCAUAUGGAACAGUAAAUUUAAAAUAUGGAGUUCCUCCAGGAGAGACUACCAUCACUUGUACAGCUGGAAUUGGAACAUUCAUACUGGAAUUUGGUACUCUGUCAAGGUUAACUGGUGAUCCAUUGUACGAAGAAGUUGCUAUGAAUGCAGUAAAGGCUUUGCAUUAUUACAAGUCAAACAUUGGUCUUGUUGGUAAUCAUGUAGACAUUUUAAAUGGCCACUGGACUGCUCAAGAUUCUGGAAUAGGUGCUGGAGUUGAUUCCUACUUUGAGUACUUAGCUAAGGGAACUUUGCUCUUUCAAGAUCCUUCUUUAGCAGCAAUUUUUCAUGAACAUAGAGCUGCUAUUGAGAAAUAUAUACGUAGAGAAGAUUGGCACCUUUGGGUUUCUAUGACAAAAGGUCAAGUGACUUUACCAGUUUUCCAAUCACUUGAUGCUUAUUGGCCAGGUGUUUUAAGUCUUUUCGGUGAAGUUGGAGAUGCAAUGAAGUCACUUCACAAUUACCAUAAAGUUUGGAAACAAUUUGGAUUUACUCCAGAAUUUUACAAUAUUCCACAAGCUGAAGCAGGAACAAACAGAGAAGGAUAUCCAUUGAGACCUGAAUUGAUAGAAUCAGUCAUGUAUCUUUAUAGAGCAACAGGUGAUCCUUUUCUUAUACAAGUUGGAGUAGAUGUUUUGAGAAGUUUACAACACAGUGCAAAAACCACCUGUGGGUAUGCAACUAUCAAUGAUGUUAGAGAUCAUCGCAAGGCUGAUAGAAUGGAGUCAUUUUUCCUUGCAGAAACAACAAAAUAUUUAUAUCUACUUUUUGAUCCUGAUAAUUUUAUACACAAUGCAGGAGAACAUGGUGAUGUCAUUCAAACCCCAUGGGGACAUUGUAUUGUAGAUGCUGGUGGAUAUAUAUUCAAUACAGAAGCUCAUCCAAUUGAUCCUGGUGCAUUGCAUUGCUGUCAACACCCACACAAUUUGUUUCCCCAAAAAAAAUCCAGAAUGCACAAAUUUGUUGCAGUUAGUAAUAGAAAAAAUGAAGAUCCAAUUAAUGUGAAUUAUUUUGGAGACGAUACAAAUAAGAAAGUUGAAAAUAAUCAAACUAUAAAAAUUCAGAAACUCUCAGAGGUUAAACAAAUUAAAUUAGAUGAUGCUGUUAAUGUAACAGAAAUAUUGAGUGUAGAAACAUCUGAAGAAGUACUAACAAAAAAAACUGAUAAUCUUGAGACUAACAUGACAAUAGACUCAAGUGACUAUAAAGUUAGAGUAGUUGCUCCUCCAAGUGUGAUUUAUAAAGUGGAUGAUAGUGAAAAUGUAGAAACAGUGGUGACAACCUCCAGAGAUAGCAAAGAAUUUCAAACUUAUAAUGACGAGACCACUGAUAAGAGUAACUCUACUGAAUAUAAAGACACUCCCUCAGAAAGGAAAGCUUUCUUUGAUCCUCAAAUGAUGUUAGAGAAAAUCAGGAAAAAUAAUUUGUAUCCUUCAAACAUUACUGCUAAAACGGAUUUUCAGCUAUUGAGCUGUCAGUCUCAGCCUUUUCUACAACGAAUAUCAAUUAUAGGAGAGUUCUUUUAAACUUGUACAUAUCUCACUAAAGUUUGUCAACUGUAACUUUUCUGACUUAAAAAUUGAAAUAAGUACAUGUACAGGCUAGUCAAUGUUCUAAUGAAGUUUACUUUUUACUUACAUUGUUCUAUCUAUGAAUUAAUUCCUUAUAAAUGCAUUUAUUGGUAUGAAAUAAUUCAUAUAAAAUAUGUGAUUUGACUUGUAUUGUAAGUGAACAUAUAAGAGAAAAUUACAUUUUUAAGUUUUAGUUAUUUUAAUGGAUUACUUUUUAUAAACUAUAACUAUAAAACGUUUGUUUAACAAAUGUUUUUCUCAUCUGUCCAUGAAUUAUUACAAGUCUAAAAUCUUAUGAAAAUUCUUUUGGAACACAAUUAUUGAGAUAAAAUUUUUAUGCGAUUUAAAUCAUAA